AUGGGCUACAAUCCUCAAAAAAUACACGUAUCCGUUGAAAAUCGAGAAAAAAAAAAACAAAUAAUAGAAAAAGUAAAUAUACGGUUAUGGUUUGUUUGGCUCUGCUUUGUCAAUUGUCACUCUAACUUAGAUAUUCAUUCUUCUCAUUUCAUGCUCCCUCCCAAAUUAACAAUGGCGUCUUCUUCUUCUACGCAUUUUCUUUGCAAUUGCAUUUCCUCUCUCAAAUCCCCAACACCAUUGAAUUUUAAAUCUCCAACAACAACACUAACCAUAACCCCUCCUCCUCUUCGACUUCGUCUUUCACUCAGAGCUUCUCCUCCUCACAACAACAAUCCCAUCAUCACUGACGAUGAUUCUGUUGACACUCUACCCCCUAAACCUAAACCCCCUUCUCUACUUCCUAACUUCAGAAAUGGUUGGUUUAAAUUUGAUGAACUUGGAAUGGAUAUGCUGUCCAUUGCUCUGCCUGCUGCUGUUGCAUUAGCAGCUGAUCCAAUUGCAUCAUUGAUCGACACAGCUUUUGUUGGACAUAUAGGAGCGGUUGAACUCGCCGCAGUUGGGGUUUCAGCUUCUGUGUUUAAUCUAGUGUCAAAAGUAUUCAAUGUUCCUCUACUUAAUAUUACUACAUCCUUUGUUGCCGAGGAGCAAGCGCUGAUUGGAAAGGAGGAAGAUUCUGGUGGAACCGACGAAAAUGGCAUUUUCCAACGCAAGAAGCUCCUUUCUUCAGUAUCUACUUCUUUAGCACUUGCUGCAGCUCUUGGAAUUGCUGAAACUGUAGCGCUUUCACUCGGCUCCGGCUCUCUUAUGACUAUCAUGGGUAUAGCUGCUGACUCCCCGAUACGAGGACCCGCUGAGCUUUUUCUUACAUUGAGGGCUUUUGGUGCUCUACCAAUUGUGAUUGCAUUAGCUGCACAAGGCACUUUUCGUGGAUUUAAGGAUACAAAGACGCCUCUAUAUGCCGUUGGUGCUGGAAACUUUCUUAAUGUCAUACUGGAUCCAAUAUUAAUAUUUCUUUGUGGUCUUGGCAUUAGUGGUGCUGCAAUUGCUACAGUGAUAUCUGAAUAUUUGAUCGCUUUCAUUCUUCUAUGGAAUUUGAAUGGCAAAGUGCUGCUAAUCCCUUUUGACUUUGACGGGACAAAAUUUUUCAGCUAUUUGAAAUCUGGCGGUCUUCUAAUUGCCAGGACUUUGGCUGUGUUUAUAACUAUGACACUCACAACAUCUCUGGCAGCUAAUCAGGGCCCUAUACCUAUGGCAGGCCAUGAAAUUUGCAUGCAAGUUUGGCUGUCUAUUUCUUUGCUCACCGAUGCUCUGGCACUAGCUGGUCAGGCUCUUCUUGCCAGUAGUUACUCACUGGGAAAUUACGAGCAAGCACGCCUCGUCAUAUAUAGAGUGAUACAGAUUGGUUUAGGAGCUGGAAUCACUUUAUCGAUGAUCUUAUUUUUUGGGUUUGGAGCAUUUUCUACUUUAUUUAGCUCAGAUUCAGAAGUUCUGGAUGUUACUCGGUCAGGUUUAUGGUUUGUUGCUGGAUCUCAACCAGUGAAUGCUUUGGCAUUUGUUAUUGAUGGGAUUUACUAUGGGGUAUCAGACUUUGAAUAUGCUGCUUACUCGAUGGUGCUGGUUGGAUUAAUUUCUUCAAUUUUCAUGCUGGUUACCGCUCCAGUAGUUGGACUUCCUGGAAUCUGGGCAGGAUUGUUUCUCUUCAUGGCGUUGCGUGUUCUAGCUGGAGUUUGGAGAUUAAGCAGCAAAAGUGGCCCAUGGGAUGUGAUAUGGUAUAAAGAUGGAGCAGAAGACUGAUUUUCACAUGGAUACAGGCUUUGUAGCCUCUCCUGCUAAAUCCCGGCACUCAACUCAAUGACAGUCCAGUAGCAGUACUGGACUAAUAUAUUAUUAAAAUGUGGCAGAAAUUGCUGAAAAUCAAAUGCCGAAGUCUUUCUGGAACAAGGAGAGAAUUUGAAUGGCUAAAUGAGCACAGGGAUGGAGAAAAUCGUUUAAUGACUUGCAUGCAGCAUAGAAGUCAAAUCUUGUAACUUUAUGGUAUUUUGCAAUUUUCAUUGCUGAAGGAAGCUCUGCAUCUUAGAGCUACGUGUCGGGUAAUGGCAUGUGCUCUGUAAUUUCUUCUAUAUUUUAUAUAAAUAUAAAGUCUUUCUAGGAAAAAAAUCAGUUUUGUCUAUUUAAUCUUCACUGACCAAUUGGUUAGAGAGUCUUAGUUUCUUUUCUUUAGGAAAUAUAUUAUUUAGUAAGAUGUCUGUAAAUAGAUAUUUAAAUAUGUUAAUUUCUUCACAAAUCA